AUUCCCUCGUUAAUCCUCGGUCGGAGCAAGGAGACGAAUUUUCUCUCCUCUGGUUUCCAACGGGACAGAUCGCCAGCUUCGCACCUCCUUCGACUUCUCGAGUCAUAGUUCCGAGUUCGACAAAAGAUCAGUUCCAGUACGACGAGGCUCAAACUCCUGAGCAACACUACACUUACCUGAGUUCUGGGCAACCGAGUGUUUUCCGCGGCUUCCAGCGGUUCCCGAGGUGCGGGGCUCCUCGCUUUCCCCAGACAGAGCAGCCGCCUGCACGUCGCGACCAUUUCAGGUAUCUCAGCACCCGACUGAUAAAUUUUCGACGUUAGCGCCCUCCUAUUCUCAACAUAGGCGCUGCAUGACUUUGGUUCAUCGUCUACCCCGGCGUCGACGAGCGCUUUCGAAGGGCCGGGACAACCUGGAAGUUUUGCAGCAUUAAGCUGGGAGUUGUGCUGCGACGACUUGCAGCUGAUCAUUCAAGCCAGCAGCAUGGCGGCUGUCGUGACCGUCGCACCGAACUCAGGCCUGAAUGCUCAGAAGGCAGAUAUAGACCCAUCAAGAGCGCUGUCCCUCACAACCUCGGUCAACCGUGACUCACCAAGUUCUGUCUCCAGCCCCGCUUCAGCAGCCUCCCCGUCCACCGUCUCCACCCCCAUAUCUGCCUUGUCAACGGGACCCCCAAUCGCGAUCCGGCCGAGCACAUCGAACAAACCACCUCCGAUCAAGCCUUCUGCUGCGGUGAGCAGAAGGGCUGGAUCAACCCUCAUGUCUUCGGCAUCAACCCCACAGCACAUGACCUUGAGCAUGACCAGCAAGGAGUGGGUCAUACCCCCUCGGCCGAAACCUGGCCGUAAGCCUGCCACCGACACGCCGCCAACCAAGCGCAAGGCCCAGAACCGAGCUGCCCAGAGAGCGUUCCGGGAACGCAGGGCAGCCCGCGUUGGAGAGCUGGAGGAGCAACUUGAGGAGGAGAAGGCUACCCAUGAGCGGACAGUCAGUGGAUUGCAGGAACGUAUCACGCACCUGGAGGUUGAGACCGAAAACCUCCGCUCAAGAUGCCAAUGGUUGGAGUCUUUGCUCGAGAAGGAGCGGCAGAACCGUAGUAACAUGACAGGAAAACGGGACGACUCACAGCAGCAGAUCAUAUCAAGCAACAGCAACCCGGUGUCACCGCACACCCAAGGACAACCAGGCCAAGUUGACCGAUCACACGCUAUGCUGUCGCUGCAGCCGGCGCCACCUCCAAAUAUCUCAUCGCGAUCGAUCCAUAUUGCCGAACCUCGGCCACUGGCACAACCAUUCUCCAUCUCACAAAUAGUAUCGCCUCUGGAGGGAGCCACGCCGGUCAAUCUCGGCUGCGGCAACUGCCAGGCCAACAGCUCCUGCGCAUGCGCAGAUGAGGUUCUACGAACCGCGGAUAUGGCGGUUGGAUGCGGGAAGUGCUCACUUGGCACCAGGUGUGAGUGUCUCGAGGAGACUCUGGGAAUGCCCAUAGCUGUUGCAGAUCUGAAGCGGCCGCUUCCGCCAAGCUCGUCACCGUCACCGUCCCCGGAUGAAAAGCGACAACGCUCUGACGCGGGCAUCAUCAUGGAAACCGACUUCACUGCGAUCUAUUCCACUCAAAGCCACAAAGAGGCGGCACAGCCACAUCUACAGCCCCUGACGUCGAUAGAGCCUAGAGACUCGUGCGGGUUCUGCAAAGACGGAACUUACUGCGUAUGCGCCGACUCCAUGUUGACGUCUGCCUCAAUGCUGCCACCUCCAAGCCAGCAGAUGGCGGGACACACCCAGGAACACACCCCGCCCCCGUCCGAGGAUGACGUGGUCGUGCCUUUAGCCAUGGAAGUGACGGCUACGGGGGCUAUCAAGCUUCCUAGGCUGCGUACCCUUCAGCAGAGAGAAACUGCCAAACCUGCCACAAAAUUCGGAGGGUGUGGACCCAACGGCCCCGGCACAUGUGCUCAAUGUCUUGCCGACCCCAAAUCCGGCCUCUUUUGCCGCUCCCUGGCAGCCAAUUUUCAGAAAAACAAUUCGGGCAGCGGCGGUGGAUGCUGCGGAAACAGCGGUCCAGGAGGCUGCUGCAAGGCCGGACAAUCACAGCAAGAUGCCGACCCUCCGCUUGCUGCAGCCCCUGCGGCCGCGAGGCCGACCAACACCAUGACCAGUACCGGUGGCCCCAGCAUCGGGUUUGGCCUCAGUCUAUCCUGCGCCGACGCCUACAAGACUUUGUCCAGUCACCGGCACUUUGAAGAAGCAGCUGAUGACAUCGGAUCAUGGCUGCCGAAGCUCAAGGCAUUGCCUGUCCCCCGGCCCGGCCCCGUAGGCGGCCGCGGUCGACAUGGGCGGGCACCAAUCGAGGUUGAGGCUGCGAGCAUCAUGAGCGUGCUAAAGGACUUCGAUGUCAGGUUUGGCAGGGGUGAGUGAUAAGUUCUUAGGUGCUUCCCCGCGUGCCCCUGGCCUCGAGGAGAGGGGCGCCUGCCGGGAAGGGGCCCGAGUGAUCCGGUGCAGGACGGGAAAGUCAUGUGCUUUGCUAUCUUGGUUUUUGCUCGGAUGUGCACCAAGGAGACGGAGGAGGGGGCGGCAGUGGAAUGAAGGUCCAUGCGGCCACUCAUGCGGCCCGACGCAACAAACUCAUGUCGAUCCCGCUUCCGUCACGAUUGUUCCCGUUCUUGGCGUUUAGAAAUGACGGAUAUCUCUUGCAGGUUCAGCCGGUAGGAUCAGCUGGGAUUGGAGGAGAGGUAGCGAUUCUAGAGGAGUUCAAACAGCAGGAGGGGCCGGAUGGUUGUCCUUGUAUUGUGGGAGUACUGUGUAGGUACAUACAUUUUCUUGACGAGGUUGCUUACAUCGGCUUAU